AUUGGAUCGAAUAUUAUUUGGGUUAAACCAAACCCAACCAUCCGACCAACCCAAAUUUAGGGUUCGAAUUCGUAAAAAUUUGAAAAAUUUAGUGCCAGAUUUGAGUUUUGAUCCCCUCCAAAACCUAAUUCUUUUGUAAGACCUCCGCCUUCUUCUUUUUCCUACGAUCUUCUUCCCUUAUCCUCAUUUAUUCUUCACCGGCGACGGCAACGGGUCCUUCCCACCAGCCGGAUUCUGACGAUUGAACGGUACAAAUUACAUUUUUAUUAAGAUGGUUUAGAUGCGUUUUGAUCCUCGAGACACUAUGUUGUUGGAGCUUCUCGAAACACCAUGGUUGUUGGAGCUUCAAACGAUUAAAGAGUAAUAGGGAAUGAGUAAAUCACAAGGGCCAUCAUCCCUCAAGAGAAAAAGGCCAGAUUUGGGUACGAAAAAUUCCUCUGGAGGAGCUCUAAUUGGGCAAGAAAAAGUUCUUUAUGACCUAAUUUGCAGCAAGCAAAGCAUGGGGAUUUGCACUUUUGAUAUGAAAAGAGAGACAAAGUUUGCUGAAAGUGUAGUAACAAAAUCCCUCAAGUCUCUUCAAACCAAGGGCCUGAUAAAGAUAGUCCAACACUAUCAAAACAAAGGCAAGAAAUUCUACCUAUCAAACGACUUCGAACCGGCUAAGGAAUUAACCGGCGGUAACUGGUAUCGUGAUGGGGAGCUUGACAAAGACUACAUCAAUACUCUCAAACAAGUUUGUGCAAGAAUGAUACAAAGGAAGAAGUUGAUGACCAUUGAAGGAAUUGUGGAGUCUUUCAAACAGAGUGGGGCUUUCAAAGUAGAGUUGUCAAGAGAGCAAAUUGAAGAGAUUGUAAAUGCUUUGGUGUUGGACAAUCAAGUGAUGGAAGUGAAGAGCUCUGGAUUUGGUGAAUUUGAAUUCAUUCCAAUUGGGAAGAUUUGUUAUAAGUAUUGUACUCAAGGAGGAGGCCUCAAAGGGGAGCCUAAAAUAGGAGCAAUGGCUUCCAUUCCAUGUGGAGUUUGUCCAAGGAUCACUUAUUGUACCCCAAAUGGCAUCAUUUCUCCUGCCACCUGUGUCUAUUAUACCAAGUGGUUAGAUUUUUAAGUUUAAACAUUUUGAAGAUAUAUACACAUAAUGUGCAUAUGUAUUUAAACUUCUCCAAGUUGUUGGUGUUUUUUUCCUAUUAAUCUAUUAGUCCUUCAAGUUUCAA